AUUGAUGCUUCGUUGAGAGUUUCAUCUUCAUCUCUAUUUUGUAUUGUCUGCUCUAUUUCCUUGCUGAGCAGCAACAACAACCCUCAGAACCCCAUGCUUGAUACCGGUAGCACUAGUGCGGUCGGGUCCACCGCCAUCUCCAUGAGGGACCGACUGCUUCAGAGUCUCCCAGGACCUCAACAGGUCUUGAAAGCUAUAACGGGAACUCUAGGUGUCUCGUCGCUGUCGGUUUCAGACUAUAGUUCGUCUGAAGCCACUUUCCGGCAAUGUCCUUCCUCCGAAGUGAGCUGCAAGGCUCAGUACCAUGGCCAGGAUACCUGCUGCUUCAACUACCCCGGCGGACAGAUGCUCCAGACGCAGUUCUGGGAUGCUGAUCCGGCCAUUGGCCCAGCAGAUUCCUGGACUAUUCAUGGACUUUGGCCCGACCAUUGCAACGGCGGCUUCGAUCAGUACUGCGACUCCGGGAGACGUUACAGCAACAUUUCGCUGAUUCUAGUCGACUCUGGCCGUGGAGAUCUACUGGACUACAUGAGCGACUUCUGGAAAGACUUCAGGGGCGAUGAUGCAAAUCUCUGGGAACAUGAGUGGAACAAGCACGGCACUUGUGUCAGCACGCUAGAGACACACUGCUACACCGACUACUACCCACAGCAAGAGGUCGUGGACUAUUUCGACCGGACAGUCGAAGUCUUCCGAACCCUGCCCACCUACGAGACCCUCGCCAAAGCCGGCAUUACCCCAUCCUACACCCAAACCUACACUCGCGAUGAGAUUGUCAAUGCUCUCUCCAAGGCCCACGGUGCCGAGGUGACAGUCCGAUGCCGACACCAGGCUAUCAACGAAGUCUGGUACUACUUCAACAUUGCCGGGCCACUGCAGACGGGCAAAUUCGUCCCAUCUGAUCCAGAUGGCCAAACAUCCAACUGCCCCCGCAGCGGCAUCCACUACAUUCCCAAGACUCCCCGAAACGGUCACGAGCCCACCAAGACAUCCCGCGGACCUGCUGAGCCGACCGCACCGAGCGCUCCCUUUUCAGGAAAAGGAAAUCUGAUGAUCUCAACGAACGGCCAGAAGCGAGGCUGCAUCAUCAGCCACGGCGCGUGGUUCACCUCGGGAACCUGUGCGACUUUCACGGCCAAUAAGGCGUCUGAUGACACUGUCACCCUGAAAUCCAGCAAGGGGGACUGCGGGUUCUCGCAUGAUGUCUUCACCUGCGGCGGGUUCAUCAGGUCCCCGACUCAAUUUACUGUCGAAGACGGCAUGCUCGCCUACAACGACAACACGACCUUCUUCGCUGACAAAGCGCCCAAAGGGCCAACGAAGAGCAAAGUCUUUGCGACGCAAGACGACCAUCCUCUCGAGCUCUCCAUCACAUGGAGAGAAGCAUAAUCCCACUUCCUUUAACUUUCUCUUCUCGGUCUUUUUGCCAUAUACAACAUUCGAACGCACAUAGAAUCAUACAUGUCUCCAUACGUUAUUUUGCAUUUCUGGCAUACUAUACAAACCAUACACACUGUUAACUAGUACUACCUAUAUUCUGAAUGAAACAAAC